AGGCCAUACGUCUGCGAUUAUGAAGGCUGCGGUAAAGCUUUCACGAGAGAUUUCCACCGCGCUCGACACCUUCUUACGCACACUGGGGAAAAGCCGUUUGAGUGCACAGCUGAUGGAUGCAAUCAGAAAUUUGGAACAAAAUCAAACUUAAAGAAGCACAUUGAGCGCAAGCAUGAGAAUCAGCAAAAGCAAUAUGUGUGCGACUUUGAAGGCUGUAACAAGUCUUUCAGGAAACAUCAACAACUUAAAGUUCAUCAGUGUCACCACACCAAUGAACCUCCCUUCAAAUGUAAUAAUGAAGGAUGCGGGAAGUAUUUUUCUACUCCUAGUCGACUAAAGCGGCACGAGAAGAUGCAUGAAGGCUAUACGUGCAGGAAAGAAAACUGCUCAUAUACUGGAAAAACUUGGACAGAGCUUCUAAAACAUAAUAAAGAACGUCAUACAGAGCCAAUAGUUUGCGGUGAGUGUUACAAAACUUUUAAACGGAAAGAUUACCUCAAGCAGCAUCAAAAAACACAUGCUGUGGAGAGGGAAGUCUGUCGAUGCCCAAGAGAAGGAUGUGGGAGAACUUACACAACUGUAUUUAACCUUCAAAGCCAUAUCCUCUCUUUUCAUGAGGAGAAAAAACCAUUCUCUUGUGAUUAUCCAGGCUGUGGAAGAGUGUUUGCAAUGAAGCAGAGCCUAGCAAGGCACACAGUUGUACAUGAUCCUGAAAAGAGAAAGCUGAACUUGAAAGCAAAACGUUCUCGUCCUAAGAGGAGCUUAGCCUCUCGUCUGAGCGGCUACAUUCCUCCUAAAACACAGCCAGGAAAGGAUGCGGUUGUGACAGAAAGCAAGACAAUGGGUAAGCCCAUGGAAAAUGAAAUGCCAACUGUUGAAAUUCUGACUCUGCAGUAGAGGUUAACUGAGACAACUUUCUUCAUGGAAUGACCACUGCAAAACUCAGCAAUAACUUUAUUUUUUAUUAAAUAAGAAAUUAAUAUUGUUUAUACCUCUUCAUAAAGUCA